CCCUCGAGCUUCUUGUGCUGACAACUGCUUGCAUACCUGACGACUCGACCAGCAGCGCUUCGCAAUCAGCAAUAGAUCCGGACAAUCAGCUUCUCGACAUCCGCAAGAUCGAUUAUUUCGCCUUCUCAAACCGCCUUAUCUCCUCGUAGACAACUGCUCGCCGCGAAAAUGGUCGAACUGCGCAGCUCAAAGCGCAAGGAUGCACCUCCUCCAGCCCAGGCACCAGCACCCAAGAAAGAGCGCAAGACAAAAGCGAAUGGCAAGUCGGAAACUGCCGCCAAACCUUCUGAGCCAGAGUCGACUGCUGCGCCCGCUCCAGAACCUGCGCCAGAGCCAGAAAGCAAGCCAGCCUCUAGCGGUGCACCCAAGCCCGGAGACAAGAUUGAUUUUGAAGGCUUCGGCGGUGAGGUAGAGACCAACGAUGGCAAGAAGGUCACGCUCAAGUCCUUGGUGGAUGAGAGUAAAGAAGGCAUUGUGCUCUUCACAUACCCCAAGGCGAGCACUCCUGGCUGCACUACGCAGGUUUGCCUUUUCAGAGACUCGUAUGAACCCUUGACGGCAGCCGGACUCAGCAUCUUCGGCUUGAGCACAGAUUCGCCCAAGGCCAACACGACUUUCAAAGACAAGCAGAAGCUCCCAUACCCUCUACUGUGCGACCCUUCAGCAUCGCUCAUCGGAGCCAUUGGACUGAAGAAGGCGCCCAAAGGUACUACACGCGGAGUCUUUGUUGUCAAGAAAGACGGCGAGGUUCUGGCAGCCGAACCUGGAGGCCCGGCAGCGACGCUUGAAGUGGUCAAAGGUGUUAUCGCAAAGAUGGGCGGUUCCGGUGUCGGCGAGAAGGCUGAGGCCAGAGCCGCUCAAGCCGAAAAGGAGGAGAGCAAAGAUGGCAGCGAGACUGCAUCCAAGUUGUAGAUGUUGAUGAGACACGACAUAUGCUGUGCACGAA